UAUAAUUCGUGUUUAUCAUAUUGACAAUGUUAUUUGAGUAAAUACACAUAAUAUAUAUAUAUACACUGGGGUUUGAACAAUUGAAGUUAUGUUUUAAAAUUUGCACUUUCGGGGUAUUUAUUUAUUUUGUGGCGAAGAAAGGAAAUAAAAAAACAACUUGCUUCUUAGAUUAUGAGUUUUUAUUUGCCUAAACUAUAUCUUCUUGUAUCAAUUACAAAUAUUUUUCUUCUACCUGGUCUAAUUCUGAGUGAAUUUCACAGUAAUACAGAAUAUGUUGACAGUUUUGUUGACUCAAACAAUUUACUACAUCCUAAUCUAUUUGAAAAUAUUGAAGAUAAUUCAAUAAUGACUGAUAAUGAUGUUAUUUCACGACAAAGACAACAACCUAAUGAAGAUAGAAUAUCGCACUUGAAUAGAUAUGAUAAAUAUCGAAACAAUUAUAAAAAUGAUAAUCAUCACCAACAGGAACAAUAUGAACAACAUGGAAAUCAGAUGGCUUCAAGAAAUCUACUCAGAAAAUUAACUGAAAAUCUAUUAAAACAACAGUCAGUAGAUAGACAGCAUUCAUCGUCAUCAUCAUCAUCAUCAUCAUCAUCAGCCUUCUUUUAUCCGUUAUCAAGAUCUUCGUUUUACAAAGCAUAUCGAUCGAAACGUGAUGAUCUCGGCUGGAAAAGAAGUAUUCCUUUCAGUGUGAAGUAACUUUCAGAAAUCUAUUUCAUAUUACUCUACACUAUGAAAAAUAUAUAUUCAAAGUAAUAUUAUUAAAAACAGGGAUACAGAAAAGAGGAAAUUGAGUAAAAAUCAAAUCCAGUUGAAUGACAGUUAUUUUUGGACGGGAUAUCUAAAUUAUUCCUCUCAAAAUAAUUACAUAUAUAAAGUUAUAAGACUUCUUUUUUGUUUCCCCUAGCUACUUACCUCUUACUUACAUGUGUCACUUCAAGUUUCGC